AAAUUUAUAAUAUUUAGUUAUAUUGAAGAAAAAUAUUUACAUUAUGUAAUUAAUUUGGAAACAAUUAUAGAAAUUUUUGAAAAAUUAGAUUUUAUGUAUGAUUAUAAUAUACAAGGACAAGAUAUAAAACACGUAAUGAAUUUUUUCGAGAUGCAAUAUUCAGGAAACAUAUUAGAAGAUAUAAAUAAAUUACAAAACAUACAGUUUGAAAUCACUAGUAUAGAGAACAAAAUUUCAGAACAAACAUUUAUGCACAAAAUUUUAAAUUUAUUACCGGAAAAAUUUUAUACUUUCAAAUCAAUUUGGAACAAUAUAGACGUAGAAAAGAAAAAUUUAGCAGAAUUAACCCGAAGAAUUAAAAAUGAAUUGGAAUUCAUCAAAGAAGACUCUAUCAUAGAAGCCCGAGAAAUUUUAAAAGGAAACGAAAAGAGAUGUUUCAUCUGCAACAAACCAGGGCACAUCGCAAGAUUCUGUAAAAAUAAAAAAUGCGACCUCUGCGGCAAGUCGGGACAUAGUACGGAUGAGUGCUAUAGAAACAAAAUAUGUACCAGGUGUAGUAAGAAAGGGCAUAUAAAGCAAUUUUGUAGAACAUAUAAUUCGAAGACAUAGAAGUAGAAAUUAAAUGCGCAAAUAAAGAAAAUUUAGUUGCAACAGCGGUCGGAUAUAUUAAUACAGAUUUCGGGAAAUUCGAGAAUGUUCUUU